AUGACUAAGUUCAAGGGUUGUAUAGAUAUUCACGAUGGACAGGUGAAACAAAUUGUUGGGGCCUCUUUGCGCUCUGAUAGGGACCAGGAAACCAGCAAAACUGUCACCACAAACUUCAUCUCUUUGAAACCAUCGUCAUAUUACUCUGAUUUAUAUAAAACCAAUAAAAUCGAAGGCACUCACGUCAUCAAACUUGGGUCUUCUGAAUCCAACAUCCAAUCUGCUAAAUUGGCCUUGCACACUUGGCCAGGUCAUUUACAAAUUGGUGGAGGAAUCAACGAUACCAACGCUGCCCAGUGGCUCAAAGAUGGUGCUUCGAAAGUUAUUGUGACUAGUUGGUUGUUUCCAGAAGGGAAAUUCUCAUUAGAAAGAUUAAAAAAGCUUGUUCUUCUCAUAGGAGCAGAAAGAAUCGUUGUGGAUCUUAGUUGUAAGACUAAGAUCAAUGAAAAAGACGGUUCACCGGAAUGGUAUGUUGCCAUCAACAAAUGGACGAAAUUGACUGAUUUGCAAUUAUCAGAACAACUCUUUGUUCAUCUCUCGCAGUAUUGUUCGGAGUUUUUAAUACAUGCAGCAGACGUUGAAGGAUUGUGCAAUGGGAUUGAUGAAACUUUGGUUAGUCAGUUGGGCAAAUGGUUCAAGAAUCCUGCAUUGAAAGGUAAGACUGUCGUGUAUGCUGGAGGUGCGAAAAGUAUCGAUGAUUUAGCGAUUGUUGACAAAUUGAGUGACGGACUUGUAGACUUAACCUAUGGUAGUGCGUUGGAUAUAUUUGGAGGAAAUUUGGUGAAAUUUGAUGAAUGCGUUGAGUGGAACAACAAACAUUAG